GCGUUGGUAUCACUUUGGAAAGAGAGACUACACUGAUGGUCGUGAUUAAUGGGGACUUGAUGGAUCCCUGGAAGUCCCCUCGGCCACACUUUGGGAACUGCUGUGAAGUGUUGGGAUGGUAGUUUCCCCUGUAAUGCAUCCAGUGUUCCUCCUGAUUCUUUUUUUGUCCAUGAUAAAGUGAUAAUAGAAAGGGGUUCCUUCACAUUUUCAGAUCAGCCAGGGAAAUCCGCCUGUAAAUAAAGACAAAACAAAUGUGAGAUAUUCUGUUUUACUGAGGACUCCCUGGGCCCCCCUCAACAGCUCUGCUUGGUCUACCGACUCCUAAGCACUGACAUAUGCAGUACACAUUAGGAAACAGCCAAAUGAAAGCCACAUAUUGUUGUUUUGAAAGAGCUAAAUUUUCAGUGUCUAGUUAUGACUUUUGAAUUAAUUAUCAAGCUAAUCUAUUAAUCCAUUUCAAUUGGGGGGUGGUGCUAGUAUUGUAAAUAGGGCGCUGACUAAUGUGGGAUUAUCCAUUUCAUUUUGCUAUUCGCUUCUCAUUACACUCUUCAGAGAUUGUGCAGCCUGAGAUUUGCAGGGAUAUGGAGAGAAAAUCCACUUAAAGAGAGCUAAGCAAUACUUUUAUAACUUAAACCCAAUGUCACUGUAUACAUCGUACUAAAAGUGUUUCUAUGAAAGUACAGUAUUAGGUAAAAAAGAGUUGGAUGUUUUUGGCAUAAUCCUGUACUCCAUCCUCACCUUCAUGGCCGUGGUGUCUAUGCUGGUCUUCAUAGAAGAAUGUAUCUACAUCUAUAGGAAAGUUCCAGCCAAAAAGAAGAAUAUCAUCAUCUGGGUGAAUGGGGCAGCGCCGGUGAUUGCCACCAUGUCGUGUCUGGGGAUGUGGAUCCCCAGAGCCACCAUGUUUACUGAUAUGACCUCUGCCUGCUACUUUGCCAUUGUGGUGUUCAAGUUCCUGAUCCUGAUGGUGGAGGAGGUGGGUGGUGAUGAGGCUUUCCUAAAGCGAGCAGGGAAACAUAAGCUGAAGAUCAGCACGGGGCCAUGCUGCUGCUGCUGCCUCUGCCUGCCGCACGUCGCCAUCACACGGCGCUCUCUCUUCCUGCUCAAACUUGGCUCCUUCCAGUUUGCUCUCCUGAAGACUGUCCUCACCAUCCUUUCCAUUGUCCUCUGGACCAACGGGACCUUUGACCUGGCUGAUUUGAAGAUUACCGGAGCUGCUAUAUGGAUCAACCCACUUGUGGGCAUCUUGACAAUCAUAGCCUUGUGGCCUGUAGCGAUAAUGUUCAUGCACCUAAGGACUGCCCUACGGACACUCAAGAUCAUUCCCAAGUAUGCCAUGUACCAGCUGGUGCUCAUCCUGAGCCAGCUGCAGACAGCUAUCAUUAACAUCUUAGCUUUGAAUGGAACCAUCGCCUGUGUGCCACCUAUCUCUGCCACAUCCAGGGGAUACAUGAUGAGUCAGCAGUUGUUGAUCCUGGAGAUGUUCAUCAUCACACUGGUAACACGGCUGCUGUAUCGACGACAGUACGAUCCUUUACCUGAAGAAGAACACGACGACAAUGAAAACACCAAAAUGGUUGCAAUACUGGAGUCUGCAUGAGAGUGUUUGUGUGUGUGCGUAUCAUUUUUAUUUUCCUGCGUUUGUUUGAUUAAGAGAUUAUAUAAGUAAUUAUGAAUGAAUAUAAAUAUGAAUUAUAUGUAAACUAAUCUUGUGGAUGUUCCAUUAAGGAUCACAGAUCAGAACUGCUGAUUGCAAGGACACUCAGGUCACAUGUACUUUAUUCAGUGUGAUCAGGGAUUAAUAGUCGACAUGUUCCUACUUUGUGUCCUCAUUGUGUCAUUCCAAUUUAUUUUUACCAGAAAAAGAGACUAGAUAUAUUUAUACAAGAGGCUGGUGGAGGAUGGUAAUGCUUUAUUUUACAGGUCUGUAAUUCCCUUAUAAUUUCCAAGGAGGUGUCCUGGAAAGAACUAUGUAAUUCGGUACUCAGUAUAGUGGAUACUUGUUUACAUUCAAAACAAAAAUUGAAAGAAAUGUGAAACCAAAAAGUCAAUGAUGCACCAUGAAAAUAAAUUAAAAUGACUUAAAAUACAUAAGAAAUAGCUCCUGAACUAAGUAUAGCCAAAACAAAGACCAUUAAGUAAGGCUGGUAGACACAUCUUACACUUUAGCAUGUUCAUCUUACACACUGUGCUCUGACUGAAAGACAGUUGCAGUGGUAAUAAAUUGGAAGUCAUUAAUCUGACGUGUACCAUUUUAACAAUCUUAAUUUAAGUUUAAUUAAUACUGAAUUACACCACCCUUUCCAGGGACAUUUCUGUGAACCUAUGGGAACACAAAAACUACAUUUUUACCACUUAUUUAUAUCCUCUUUCUUUUUGUGAGGCAUUAUUGCAAACAUAAUGAUAAACUGUAUUUUUCUCAUGCAUCUGUCUUCUGUGUUACAGUCACUGGACCUUUACUGUCACUAUUAGCUAUCUGUAUAAUUUAAGCAUUUUACUCCUCAGAUGAAAUUUCAGAUACUGAAUGACUCUGUUUGGUGUUAUUUGUUACAGUAUUUUCAGUUUUUCCAUCCAGCUGCCCUGUCUCACUGGAUAUUUCUAAUCUUGUGCCGCUAGAUGGCAGUAGAAACCAAAAUCUAAAAGACAACUAACAACGUCAGUCAAGCUGUGUGGGAUUGGAUUAUCACCUGCUUGUCGUUAUUACUUUAACAGACAUCUGACACACUAAUAGUCAACGUAGAGUUUGAAAAUGUAUACAUUAAGUCCUAAAAGAUAUUCUGUUAUUUCUGUUGCAAAUUGCAAAUCAAUGAAACAUUUUGUGGCACAUAAAUAUACUAUACAUGUAUUUUUACUUUUUACAUGUACUACUCAUUGCUUGUUUCUGAAUGUAACACUAUGUAUAAUAUUAAACGGCUGCAGAUUAACAAGGUAAUGAAACGGUGUUGAUUGACACGCCUCCGUCCAUUUUGGUUGUAGCUGCUUCCCAUUUCCGUGUUUUAGACCAAUCACGGCAGUGCACCAACAAGCCUAGGCCAAGUGCGGUUGAGCCGAGACUUAAGAAUGUUCGUACUGUACAAAAACGUUAAGGUAGCUCAAACAGGCCGGAACUCUGGAAAAUAUAGUUCAAAAUAAAAUGUUCUGCAGGUGUACGGAAAUUCUAAGACUGCUGUAGUUAAAGCUGGCAGAAGAGCAGUUCUUCCACCCUUCAAAAGUUAUGUGGUCUUAGCCAUUGUGCCAUGUUGCUUAGGCUACUUUUUGUUUUAUAAGUUGUGAUUGAUGGUUUUUAUCAGUAAUGAAUAAUUUAUUAAUGCUUUAUAGAUCAGUUAUAAGCCAGCCCUGCCUGGUUGUGUCUCCCUUGCUUUUGAGUCAUUAAUAGGAAUGUCAUUGAUAAUAUCUUUAAUAAAAAGGUUACGAAUGUCUCACUUUUAAUAAGCCAUCAAGUCUCCAGUUGUAAAUGUUAGUCAUUUACAAAGUGUCAUGGUUGAAACCAUUAAGGCUGCAUUUACAAAUUUUUUUUGUUGUUAAUAAAGGCACACAGGUUUCUUACUAAGACAUUGGCAAAAUUAAAUCAUCUGAAUGUAAUAAGUCAUUAA